GCUCCCGAAGCCGUAUAGCGAGUCAGGGGUUGGACACCGCAGCGUGCAGGCCGGCGCUUCCUGCCUCUGCACCUGGCCGAUCUCAAGAAACUCAAAAUUUACUACGAAGGCCUCUCAAAAUUCCGUUCGUAUUUGCUUCACAGCUAAUUUUAUUUGAGUUGAGUUGCUUAUAGUAACUAACAAUGCUAAGAUCAAGGCUUCGUUCCCACUUGUGCCUGGUGGUUCUAUUAAGUUUAUCGAUUCCAACUAAAACGAAACAAAUUGUUGAAAACUUUCGAGACCAGCUUGGCUGCAUGGUGGACUACUUAGAUCAAAGAGAUAGAAACGCAAUAGAUAUCUACGUCGAAAUUCAAUUAUCAGACUCUGAGCGGUCUCUGCUGCUGGGUCUGCUCUCCAGUCGCCUGCUGUUCGCCCGGCUGCUGCACUCCAGUCCGGCCGCGUCCCUGCGAGGCGAGGCGGGGCCCACCUCCGCUCCGCAGGUGGUCUGGUUCGUGCCGGAGACGGACUCGGCCAGCACCAGCCGGCUCUUCGAGCAGGUGCGCGGCGACGACGGCCGCCGCUGGCUGCUGGUGUCGCUCUCGGGCCGCCGGGACGCCCACUUCCUCCGCGGGUACGCCCCCCGACACGCCUACAUGAUCGACGGCAACGGCACGACGCGCUUCCACAGCGCGCGCGACUACCACCGCGAGUGGUGGGCGCGCGGCGAGUGUCGCGGCGCUCGGUACGUGCAGCAGCGCGAGGUGGACGGCAUCACGGCCAGCCGGGGCGCCAUGCGCGGCGUCCACCUGCGACUGCUGUACGCCAACGAGCCCUGGAAGACGAGCCAGGAAACCAGCACAGCGCUGAUGGGUGUGGUGCACGAGGAGGGUCGAAUCAAGGGCGGUCUGAUCGGCUCACUGAUCCUGCUCUUGCAGGAGAUCCUCGGCUUCUCCUACUCGCUGCACCCGGUCGGACCCGACCACAACACCACCGCCUGGGACCGGAUCGUGUACGAGCUGAACCAGGGCCGCGGCGAGAUGACCGCCGGACGGCUCACCUACAGCCUCAACCGGCUCUCGCUGGUGGUCUUCUCGCACCCGCUCCAGGCGGAGCUGGCUGGCGUCGCCAUCGCCAGCAAGUACACCAGGACGCUGAGCGACUUCCGCGUCGGCCAGCCGCUGACGAGUGGCGCGUGGCGCGCGCUGGUGCUCACCCAGUUGGCGGCCGUGCUGGUGCUCUGCCUGAUCGCGCGCUGCCAGCAGCGACUGCGCAGCUCGCUCGAUGAACCCGCUGAUGAGACCAACGUCUCGUUCUGGGCGCUGACCGUGUUUGCCGUGACGUGCCAGCAGAGCGCCGCGGUCCGCUCGGACGCCGCCCACUCGUACCGCGUGGCCAUCACGGCGCUCUACCUGUUCUCGCUGUUCAUCACGGCCUGCUACUCGGGAAACCUGCUCGCCGACAUGGCGCUCUCGCGGCGCGUUAUGCCGUUCGACAGUCUGCAGGAGGCGCUCGAUCAGGGCUGGAAGGUGACCGAUGACGACGUCGGCCUGGCCAUGGAGGAGAUGGUCGUGCAGCCGCUGUUCGGGAGGAGGAUGAGCCAGCUGCCGCGCACCUCCGGCGACCCCACGGAGGGCCGCAACUUCCGCAUCACCACCAGCUCGCGCGCCGAGGUCGACUCCAACUGCACGCAGCUGGGCCGCCACGAGCCAUGCGAGGUCUGCCUGUGGCCCGGCACGCUCGUCCACAUGCCCGUGUCGCUCUCGUUCAGCCCCAGCUUUGCGUACCGACAUCUGUUCAACUUCCUGAUUCCGCAGCUGCUGGACCGGGGCGUGGUGAGCCGCGAGAUGCGCCGCUGGCAGACGCGCCGCCCGUACGACAUGGUGUGUCCCGAGCACACCCUGGCGCCCCUUCAGAAGACCUUCCUCGGUACGGAGAACCUGCGCAACGUGUUCCUGGUGGUCGGCUACGGCCUGGUCUCUUCGGCUGCCGUGCUAGUCUGCGAGGUCGCAGUGCACGCCCUGUGGACGGCUUGUGUCAGGAAAGGGCGGCAGAUGUGGCGCAGAAACAGGAAGGUGGUGCAAGACUGAACAGAUGUUUGUUGUUCAUUGUUCCCUGCCAUGUUCACUGUAGUUCGCGCGUCGUGUAUGUGUAAGGGAGAUAAGUGCUCUUUUAAACCACCUUUUCCUGCAUGUGUGUGUGUGUUUUUUUUUUUCUUUUUACAAAACACUCAGUGAUAAAAUAAUAAAGGUAGAAGGCGCAUAUCCCUUA